AUGAAGAAGGAGGAGGAGAAAAAGAAGAAGCAGACGAAGAAGAAGAAGAAGGAGAAGAAAAAAAGAAGAAUAAAACGAAAAAAGAGGAGGAGGUACUGGAACAUCAAGGUUGUGACGUUUCUCAAUCUGCUCUACCAGUUCUUCGACUCAUGCAUCGAAAAAUACGACGUCUACAAGGUGGAAACAAUCGGUGACGCUUACAUGGUGGUCAGCGGCGUCCCAAUACGAAACGGUGAUCGACAUGCCUUGGAGAUCGCCUCUCUUGCCCUCGAUAUGAUCCAAGGGGUACAGACCUUCCGCAUACCUCAUCUCAAAUCGGAGAGGGUGCUCUUAAGAAUCGGUGCACACACGGGUCCUUGUGCUGCUGGAGUGGUAGGGUCUAAAAUGCCUCGAUACUGUUUAUUCGGAGACACGGUUAACACAGCUUCUCGGAUGGAGUCGAAUAGCUAUCCAAUGAAAAUCCACAUCAGUGACGAGUUUAAGUCAGUCCUGGAUACAAUCGGAGGUUUCCGGACAGAGCCAAGGGGUAUCAUAGAGGUCAAAGGGAAGGGUAACAUGUUUACGCACUGGCUCCUUGGAAAGGACCCUCCACAAGGCAACCAUACACCUUGCCCUGAGGUAACCAUCGGUCACCAUGAUGACCCCGGGUCAAGAAACGUGUCAAAGGUCAACGGAAAUGACGUCCUCAACUAUGGCUUCUAUCGUGACGAAGAAUGCUGAAUUGAUCAUACUCAAACGACAGCAAGGACGAUACCGAUAGCUUGUGCAUAAGAUAGAGACGAUAGAGAGAAAUAGACUCAUACUUGUGACGAAAUAGCCCAGCGUAUGACGUCAUGAUACCGUGCCUAAAUACUGAAAUAUGUAUAGCUAUCUUGCCUAGAGUGUAAAACUGUGAUAUGUAUUUGCAGCAACGAUGAUCAUAGAUGUAUAUUACAGCUCUUUCCGCUUAAUCAUGUUUUUCAACUUUAUUCCGAAUUAAUGUUCAAUUUGUUGUGUUUUCCAGAUUGUUAUUUUUUCAGAUGUUAGUGCCUGGUUUAUUGAGUGCUGGUAUCAAUUUUAUGAACUGAAGUGUCUACUGUUUUAUCAUAGAGUUGUGGGUAAUUAUACAGUUCAUAUUUGUAGUAAUGCAUGUGUACCUGCUUUGAUUAUAACAAGCUGAAACGUAUUUUCUUUUUAAUCAUUGCAUUGUUUGCUUUGUUAUUUUGUUUGCUUUGUUAUAUUUGACAUUCUCGGUUUACCCAUAAUUUUGUACAGAAUUAGACUGGUAAUGGCCGAAUUGAAACUGGACUACGGGAAACGGACCAUUACCCAGUUGCUGCCUGAUGCAUUAUGUAUGUUCAGGCGGAAGCUAAUCAUGAUAAUGGCAUAUUGCUACAUAAUAAUGUUGAUAUUAUUUUUUAUUUUUGUUUACCAGUAUAAUGAAUUGCCAUAUUAUUACGGAACUUACGAAACGCAACAUGAUGAGAAUUAAGGAUUAGAAAAUGGUACGACAAGGCAUGAUAUUGGAUUCCGUCAGGUUGAUAGUGUGGAGACGAGAAGACAAAAAUACAUAAAGUGAAACAGAACCGAAAUAUAGGGCUGUUAAGAAAUAAAGAGGUUUGCUCAAAAAUGCAUUUUUUAACUGUUUCAUUGUGUGCCGGAUUAACAGUAACGUUUAAUCGAUAACCAUUGGUUGUGAUUCACGACCCAGAUCAUCAUGAUCAUCAUUAUCAUAGGCCUAUGCUCGAGUCAUACAAUAACCACAAUGUACAGCGGGUGGCACACGGAAUAUGACCCUACACAUCUGACCCAACCCAAUUUUGACUGGAUGUCAUAAAAAAAUAUGAUAAUGCAACAAUACAAAAAUCUAUCAUCAGAUUUUUGGCUAAUUAUAAGGUAUUUGAAUGUCACUGAGUUGAAAGUCUCAUUCAUUGUCUUUGGCGUAAAUCGCGACCCAACGGCAUGACAAAUACAAUUUUUAAUGGUUUGAUAACAUCAAUGCAUAAUAAAAUGUAUAACGAGCUUUAGUACAGGCAUGUAGUAGGGUCCAUGGUACAGGAGAUGUUACUUCAAUUUGUUGUUGCCAUCAUGAUGUACAAUUCAUCCAGCACCCGACAUUUUCUCAAGGGGAGAGGGGGGGGGGUGUAUUUUAAUGUCCAAUUGAUGCAGUAUUUUUUUAUGUAUAGGCCUAACACAAAACCAUGCGUGUCAGUUUGUUUAAGUUUACUUGUAAAUUCUAAUAUUUUUAAACUACAGCAUUUUAUAUGUGAUCUGUAAAUUUGUCAUCAAUGUUAUCAUGUUAGGACACCAAAAGGUAUUUCUUGAUAGGAAAACCUUCAAUUUUAUAUUUGAUUCAUGAUUUUGCCCCCCCCAAUCUGAGAAAUGGAUCGACGCCCCUGACUGUAGUAUGUCCACAGUGUGAAGCACAAUGUGAAAUCAUCUUCACACUGUUAAAUUUGACCAUUACGGUGAAACAUAUUUUCACACAGUCAACUACGUGAACGCCCAUUGAAGACUCAAACUGUAGAAGUGUCCACAAUGUGAAAGUUUCUUCACACUGUGAAAUUAUUUUGAGCAUAUUGACAGUGUGGAUCACAUCUUUACCGAGUACAUACUGCGACCAUACCGUGGGACACUGUGACAAUAUUUUCUUUUUCAGCUGGGAAGGAACGCUGUAUCAAACACGGAUCGUAAAGGAUUUUAAAUAUUCGCCUUAUGUCGUAAACAAAGAUGCCAUUAUUCAAAUGUUUGUUUAGAGGUUAAUAAAUGAUAAAACUGUCUAAACGUUCAUUAAAUACAAAACAUUAUGACUG